GUACUAUAAAAGCAAGAACCCAACUACCCUAACAAUAUUAUACUAAUAGUACUACAACUACCAACUUCAUCACAAUCAAUAUUCUUUUGCUCAUUUUAUUAUUAUAAAUUAUUAUUAUUAUUUUUUAAACCUUUGUAAAGAUUCCCAUUCUUGGAAAAUCCGAACAAGAUUUGUUUUUAGCUAACAAAAAAAAUAAUAUUCAUAUUAUUUAUUGUAUACAUAAUUUCCUAAUUAUAACUCCAAGAAAAGCUCAUUUCUUGAUCACUUGAGCUUUUGUUUUUUCUUUGUUGUUGUUGUAAUGGCAUUAUCAUUGAGGGUCAUUGUCUUUACUUUAUUGGUUUUUGUUGCAUUUAUAUGUAUACAGAUCAAAGUUGAAGCUGAGGUAUCUGUGAAUGAUGAAGUGGAAGUGGACCAUCUUAAGUCCAAGAUCCAAUCUUUGGAAUCAAAUGUGGAGGACACUGCCAAGGAACUGAAACGGAAGGAUGAAGUCAUUGCUGGCAAGGAGGAUAUGAUAAAAGAGAAAUCAGAGACAAUUGCUUCAUUGCUAGCCCAGAUAGAUUCUCUCCAAAAAAAAGGUGCAUUGGAUGCUCAGGAGCAAGUUAAAAAGGCUAAUGCACGAGUUGCUCAACUUGAAAAACAAGUCGAGACACUAAAAAAGGAAGUUGAUAUGAAGAAUAAGGAGAAAAAAGAGUUGAAAACCCAGAUAAAUGACGCAGAAAAGAGAGUAACUGAAUUAAAUUCAGAAGUUGAGAAGCUCCAAAAGACCAUUGAUGAGCAGGACGCAAAUUUUAAAAAAACUGAACGGGCUCUUCAGAUUGCUGAGGAGGAAAUGAUUAGAGCUAGAUCUGAAGCCACAUCAAAAGCUCAGCAGCUCGGAGAGGUGCACGGUGCAUGGCUUCCACCUUGGCUUGCAGUUCAGUUGAAUAAUUUCCAGGUUCUAUUGGAGAAACACUGGAUGGAGCACGGCAAACUUGCUAUAGACAUAGUGAUACAGAAGGCUACUGAAAAGAAGGCCCAAGCUGAAACAUGGGCUGCACCACAUGUGGAAACAAUCAAAACACAAUGGAUACCAGUUGCUAAGGAAAAGUGGUUGGUAAUUUCCACUACCGCUGAGCCACAUGUCCAAUUGCUAACUACGAGAGCUCUUGAAAUUUACGAGACAUCUAAAGGUGCCAUAACUCCACAUAUUGUCAAGGUUCAAGAACUAGCAGCUCCUCAUGUUCAGGAAAUUAAGAAAUUCAGCAAGCCGUACAUCGAUGAGGUUGCCACUGCUGCAAAACCACACGUUGAAAAAGUUCGUCUUGCUGCCAAGCCAUACACAGAGGUGGCAGUUCAUCAUUAUGGGAAGUUCCUUGAGUCUGCAACUACAUACCACAAUCAGCUUCAAGGCACAGUCAAAGAAACGCUGGAGAAUCAUGACCUUACAAGACCUCUUGCUACAAAGGAGCUGAUUUGGUUUGCUGCCUCAGCGUUGUUGGCUUUGCCCAUCAUAAUUCUGUUCAAAUUUUUGUCUGCCGUCUUCUGUAAGAAGGCAAAGGUAUCCGAUCACACUGGUAAUUCGCCAAGUUCACGCCGUAAGAGGGGACAUCCGGAACUGUAGGGCAAGGAAGUUGACUUCUUUUUAUCGAAACUGAGGCAUGCUUAUAGUUCACAGAUUUGGCUGUCCUUUUCUCCCUGGACAUUUGGAGCUUUUAGUCCCUCAACAAAAUUUUUUGUUUGUUUAUGAAGCUCUUGCCUUAGAUUCUUUUCACUUUUUGGGUUGUGUAUAAGGCCAAAAUGGAGAUGCAUAUAAACUUUAGGUUUGAAAAUUUGUGUAUCACAACAUUGGCUUUGGAUAGUCAUAGUCUCAUUAUUUAUGUAUCAA